UGAUACUCUUGCUACUCGUUUGUUGUAAGAUAAAAUAUCUUAGGUUCGUUAUGGUAAGAGGUAGGAGUAUUGUGAUUAUGAAAUAGUGCGAACAUACUGUGUUUAUUUUCAUAUAUUUUUCAUCAUCUUACAGAUACAAAUAGUGAGUUGUGAUGGCUGUGGAAGGAGUGUACAAAUACCUACAGUCAACUAACAGGCCCUACAGUGCUAAUGACAUUGUACAGAACAUGCACAAAGAGUUUGGCAAGACAGCUGUACAGAAGGCUUUGGACGAUCUGGUUACUCAACAGAGGAUUUAUGAGAAGGCUUACGGUAAACAGAAGAUAUACUGUGUAAAACAACCAGAAGAUGAUGGCCAGGACAAUGAUCUUGCAGUAUUGGAAGCCGAGACUGAAAAAGUUACUCAGAAUUACAAGAAUGUGGAACAAGAAGCCAAAGAAGCUGAGAACAGUUUGCGGGAGUUACUAGGAGCUCCGACAACUGCUGAAGCGAAAGAGCAGUUGGCAAAAUUGGAAGAGAAAGUAGAGACUUUGCGAACAAAAUUGGCAAAACUGUCAGAGAACACAGUGCUUGUAUCUCCUGGUGAAAGAACCAAAAUUAAAACGGAACAUGAGAAGUUGUUAAAGGAAUAUCGGAAAAGAAAGAGGACAUGUAUGGACAUUAUCAAUGCAAUCAUGGAGGGAUAUCCUAAGUCGAAGAAAGCUUUGAUGGAAGAAGUUGGAAUGGAAACGGACGAGGAUGUUAAAAUGCCAACAAUACAGAGUUAUUAAACCCUUGUGAUAACAUCUUUUUGUUGAUGUUUGCUAAAAAAAUAGUGAUUGUUACAUGUAUUUAUUUCAAAAUAUUUCCAGUAUUGUUAGCUUUGUCAUAGUGUUGUUAAUGAAUGAGAAUUGAUUUAA